UUCACUCUCUCUUCUUAUUUCUCUCUCUCUCCCUCCCUCACACCAUAUUCGCGAUAACAAAUAAAAAAGCUCUGAACUUUUCUUCUUCUUCUUCUCUGAUCUAAUUACGAAUCGAACAAGAAGAACUCGUAUGGCUCUCGAAGCGAUGAAUUCACCAUCUUCCUUCACCACCAGGAUCGAAACGAAAGAAGAUUUGAUGAACGACGCCGUUUUCAUGGAGCCGUGGCUUAAACGCAAACGCUCUAAACGUCAGCGUUCUCACAGCCCUUCUUCGUCUUCUUCCUCGCCGCCUCGUUCUCGUCCCAAAUCUCAGAACCACCAAGAUCUCACCGAGGAAGAGUACCUCGCUCUCUGUCUACUCAUGCUCGCCAAAGACCAGCCUUCUUCUACGACGACCCAAACGCGAUUUCAUCACUCCCAGCCGCAAACGCAAACGCCGCCGCCAGAAUCUUCAAAGACCCUUUCGUCGUACAAGUGCAGCGUUUGCGGAAAAGCGUUUCCUUCGUAUCAGGCUUUAGGCGGUCACAAAGCCAGCCACCGAAUCAAACCACCAACCGUGACCCCAAACCCCGAUGAUCCAUCAUCAACAGGAGCUCCGACCGUCUCCGCCGUCGCCGGAGACAAACAUCCGAUUUCCGCAUCCGGCAAGAUCCACGAGUGUUCAAUCUGUCAUAAAGUGUUUCCGACGGGUCAAGCACUCGGCGGUCACAAACGCUGUCACUACGAAGGCAACCUCGGCGGUGGAGGAGGAAGCAAAUCAGUCAGCCACAGUGGAAGCGUGUCGAGCACGGUAUCGGAAGAAAGAAGCAACCGUGGAUUCAUCGAUCUUAACCUACCGGCGUUACCUGAGCUUAGCCUUCAUCACAACCCAAUCUCCGCCGCCGACGAAGAGAUCUUGAGUCCUUUGACCGGUAAAAAACCGCUUUUGUUGACCGAUCACGACCAAGUCAUCAAGAAAGAAGCAGAUUUAUCUUUAAGAAUCUAAAUAAUAUUCUUGUAAUUCGUUUUUCUAAAAAAAAACAUAGUUACAAUUUUUUUUUUUUUAGUUUACAAAUUUUCUGAUUUGGAUUUGAAUAUUCAUAAUAUUUGUUUAGGGGAUUGAUACAAAACCAUUUGAUUUGAUGAUGGAUUGAUUCGUUUUUAUUUUGGUAACUAAUCUCUUCUUUUUUUUUCUGUGAGUCCACUCUGUAAUUAUAUUGGACACGUGUGAACACAGAGCAGAAAUAGUUGGGGGAAACUUGAGAAUCGUUCCAUGUGGAUGAUUCGUUGCCUUCA